UGCAGGUGAACAACCGUUCAUUGGUAAAGUGAUCUGCAUCAUCGUGAUCAUCAAAAGCCAUCUUUUGAUGCUGUAUCUUAAAUCCAAUUUAAAACGUUACUUUAUCGGUUUAACGUUAGUCAACCGACAUGUAAAUUGCUUAGUUCUCAAAAACUGUCCGUGUAAAGAAAAUAGAAAGAGAGGCGCUAACCUAGCUAGCUCCGGCUAACCAGCUCGCCUCCUCUCCUCCCGGUGAUCUCUGCUCUGCUGCCGCUAUGGGCGGCUCUCUGCUCCCGUUGCUCGUCGUCGUGCUGUCAGCCUGGCAGUCUGUCGGAGACCCGGCUGGGUCCGCUCAUGUCGACGGAGCUCCGCCGUCUAAAAUAGCGGUGGUCGGGGCAGGGAUAGGAGGCAGUGCCACGGCUAACUUCCUGCGGCAGCACUUUGGUCCGGAGGUCCAGGUGGAUGUGUUUGAAAAGGGCGACGUCGGAGGCCGUCUCGCCACUGUAACGGUCAACCAUAACGACUACGAGUCUGGAGGAUCCAUCAUUCAUUCCCUCAACCUUCACAUGCAGGAGUUUGUCAAACAACUCGGUUUAAAGUAUCGUCGCAGCAUUGCAGGUAAGACGGCGGUGUUUAACGGCGAGGAGGUGAUUCUGGAGGAAACAGACUGGUACCUGCUGGACCUCUUCCGCCUGUGGUGGCGCUAUGGCAUCAGCUUCAUACGCCUGCAGAUGUGGGUAGAGGAAAUUAUGGAGAAAUUCAUGAGGAUCUACAAGUACCAGGCCCACGGCUACGCCUUCAGCUCGGUGGAGGAGCUGUUGGACUCUCUCGGGGGGAGUGGCUUCAUCAACAUGACCCGAAGGCCGCUUUCGGAUUCGCUGCUGGAGCUGGGUGUGUCGCAGCGCUUCAUCGACGAGGUCAUCGCGCCCAUCAUGAGGGUCAACUAUGGACAGAACGUCAGCAUCCCUGCCUUUGUAGGUGCUGUGUCUUUAGCUGGUGCCCAGAACAACCUGUGGGCGGUGGAAGGAGGCAACAAGCUGGUGUGUUCAGGCCUGCUGAAGAUGGCUAACGCUAACGUGCUGCAAGCACAAGUCAACGCCAUCUCCCCAGUCUACUCAGGGGAGGCGCCACAGUACCAGCUGAGCUUCACCACAGCAGAAGGGACGGGAUCAGAGGUGUAUGACAUUGUAGUGUUGGCGACGCCGCUCCAGGCCAGUGUCGGGUCUGGAGUCCAGUUCCAGGGUUUCACUCCUCCCCUUGACCAGCUCCCCGGCGACUAUCACAGCACUGUAGCAACCAUUGUCCACGGUUACCUCAACACUUCCUUCUUUGGUUUCCCGGACCCCCGCCUGUUUCCCUUUGCCAGCGUCUUGACAACUGAGGCUCCCGAUGUGUUUUUCAACAGCGUGGCUAGUGUUUGUCCCGUCAACAUCUCUGCGGGCUUUCGCCGUAAGCAGCCACAAGAGGCCGGAGUCUAUAAAGUGUUCUCGCCACAACCUCUGGACAAGACUCAGCUCAAGACACUCUUCAGGUCAUACUACUCAGUGCAGGUGACAGAGUGGCAGGCCUACCCUUGUUACGGCAGCAGCCAGGGUCUGCCGCCCGUGGAGCUCCACCCCAACCUUUACUACCUGAAUGGCAUUGAGUUGGCCGGCAGCGCCAUGGAGAUGAGCUCAGUGGCGGCCAAGAACAUCGCUCUGCUGGCUUACCACCGCUGGAACAGACAGACGGACAUGGUGGACCAGAAAGAUCUGAUGCACAGGAUCAAGACUGAACUAUGAAAGCCAAAGCGUGAUUCCGCAAGUUUAUCUCUUGCAGAAUUUCAAGCCACAAAACGUCUGAAUUAAGGUACUAAAUAUUCAGUGUAUUUUGAUACACUGAAUCAAUGAUAAACAUGUUAUAAUCUGAUCUUAUCCUAAAAAACAGAACAAGUAUCAAAGUCAAAUCAAGUCUAAAACUUAUUUCUUUUUUUUCGGCCACUAAAGACUGGUCCUGCACUAUUGCCCAAAGGCCAGUUUGACUUUGCUGAUUGCUUCGGUCUCUGUGCCAGUGACAUUGCAGAUAUAUGAGACAUUUUGCAGUAUUGGUUGGGGAUUGAUUGCUAAUGCUAAUUAGUAGUUUCAUCCAAAAAAAUCUGUUGCAGGCAGCUUUUCAUUGCCAGGAAAUGGGGAAAACCCAACAACCAGCUAAUAUCUGUCUCAGUAGAAAGUGAAUGGACUGUUAACAGAGUUGCUGGUGGUUUGAAAGAUCACUUAAUAUGAGUAUCAGUCUAUGGUCACUGGUGUUUACAGCACUGUGUAAAUAAAUUAUCCUGUGUCCAAGUCAAGAAAACAAUUUGACACUUAUGGAGACUUGGAAAGAGCUGUGAUAUAUUUGACAGAUCAGUGCAGUGGCUAAUUUAACCAGGCCUUAGUCAUAUAAUCAAAACAACUGCAGUCCUGAUGCCUAUACAUUUAGGACUGUUAGUGGACUUGCUGUUGGUGUGAACUGCACCGAGGAGAUCUCAUUUGUAAAUUAAUGAAAUCAUUAUUCAGUGACUCAUGGUAGUGACCACUGGUGCUGUGCUCUAUUGCCUCUUUCAUCAGACUAUUUCAUUAUCUCUCCUUCCUGCUGCUUUUGCUGCAUAAUCCAGCAGAAAGAUUUUUUUUUUUUGUGGGGAAUGGAGCCAACAAGCUCUCACACUGGGCCGAAUAAAAAGCAGAGGACAUAUCUGUGUAGCUGCUGCUGCUGCUGCUGGUGGUGGUGAUGACACUUUUCUUCGUGUUUUCUCUUAAGCCUUGUUCAGAUCCUGCAUUUUUUAAUAAGCACUGUAAUCUUCGAAAGACGGACAUUCACUUCCAGAAAUGGCAAGUGCUGGAAAGAUGGUGUGAUGAUCAGAUAAGAAACGGUUGAUUGUGAGAAAUGCCUUGUUUUAUUCGUUUCUAAUUAUAUAACAGUGGACCUCUGGGUUCAGAAAAACUUUGUCAACUGGAAACCUUGUGACUCCAAAGGGCUUUGGUUGAUGGAUAAUGUGAUUGUGUCAUGUGAUGAGAAAACAACCCUUUAAUCUGAUGAAAUUGUUUCAAACCCCAUGAUUGUGUCCGGAUGGUGGUGGAGCUGGAAUGAAGGCUGCUUGUCUCAAUGUAGGCCCUGAACAGCUGGCUUUUUUUAUUUUAUUUUUUAUUCUAGCUUUUCACUCAGCAGCAGCUUUUUUUUGAACAGUCAAAUGUUUGUAGCAAUAGUUCUUUUUAUGAUAUGCUGUAAAACAAAUACACAAUACAAGUACACACACAGUGACCGUCAUUCUAGGUUCACAUACUAGCUUUUUUUGUCUCUGCUCAGCUGUAUCGCACGGUCUUCAUCAUCAGAUGGUGUUUGCUGUGGAUGUAAUCUGCUAAACAGACAAUGAGCAAACACAAUCUACCAAUGAAGACUUUGAUGCAGUUGAAAGUUCUGUGGGGUGAAAAAAUAGUAAGUGGACAUUGAGUUGGGCUCAGAAUUAACUUUAAUGCUUGAAUUUGUGGAUGUUUUACAUUGCGAGUAACAGUGCAGGAUGAAGCGUAGUCUCAAAAAGAUUAUCGCUGAUAUAGCACACUUAUGUCAAGUGUUGGGCAGUACUUAGAUCCUUAACAAAAAUACCAAUACAACAAUGUAAAAAUACACCACUACAACUUAAAGUCCUUCAAGUGAAAUCCUACUAGCAAUAGUACAGAAAUAUUAUCAGGAAAAUGUACUUAAAUGAUCAAGUAAGAGUACCCGUUCUCGGUGACAUGUAUGACACUAUUGAAUUCAUAAUACUGAUGCAUCAGUAUGCUGCAUUUUACUGUUGUGGCUGGUCAAGGAGCUAGUUCUUUGGACCUCAAGCAGUUAUUUAAAUGAAACCAUCUGAGAAUUUUUGAUGUUGCUGGUGUUGAGUCAUUUGAAGUCUUUAUGUCCUUAACCUGAAGAAGGAGCCAUAUCUUAAGAAAAUCACCUGAGGUCAUAUUACUGUCCUCUAGAUGACAAACUAUGCCAUGUAGAAGACACAAAAUUAAGUUCACCGUACCAUGGGGCACCCACCUUCUAAGAUUUAAGGCAGAUUUCUGCUUUUACUGCACUGUAGAGAGAUUGUUUUAUAAUCCAAUAAUAUAAAUGCUAUAAAAUAUAUUAUGUAUUUCCAGAGGACCUCCUUAAAGUUUUGAAAAAGAGCAAUUCCAGGAUGAUACUUUAUUCAUAAUCAAGGAUGUAAAACUUUCAAGGAAAACCAUUCUAGAGGCCUACAACAAAGCGUGUCCUCUCGUCUGUUUACUAUGAUGUGGUGUAUAAUGGGCCCUGUGUUUACGCCUCCUUGGCUUCCUGGCAGCAAGAACAUAAUUACACUGCUGAAAAUUCAAAACAAAGUUUGGCAAGACUCAAACAUGAUGCAAUUUGGUGCAACAUGGAUUAUGUGUGCUCUUUUUACUUGAAUCCAAACAAAAAGUCAAGUAAGUCUGUCAACAGAAAUCAUAUUUAAGGCACUAAAUAGUGUAUUUCUGAAAAGUGUGUUAAUCUCAUCUAGCAAACAUUCUCACUGUAAAUUAAUAAUUAAAUUAAACUUUGGAGAGGCUGGUUUAGUGACCUAUCUGAGUGAAAACCCAGUCUUCUGACAUCAGUUCAACAAAGUUAGCCAGAUAACCUGAUAAACUUUAUUCCUGAAACAAGAUUAUGGACACUUCAUUUUGUUUAAGUCACUUUUAAACCGUCUUGAAGUAACAUAAAAAAGAAACAUUUUAAAGGGGCUCCCAGUGAAAGAGGUUGUAUAAUGUUGUCUGUUGCUCUGGAGGAGGCAACCCUAAGUCUGAGAAAAUAACCGUGAUGAUAUGAAUCAAAGACGCAUUUACUCGCUUUCAGAGCUUUCAACCACGUCUCACGGCCUUCAUUCAGUGAAUGGAACCGAAGGCGGUGGUCCUUGAAACAAGACGAGGUAUGCCUGUUGUCACGUGACCAAAGUAUCGCAUUUAGGUGACAGGAUCACAUCAGCGCCAGCUCCAUUUGCUGAAUGAAGUCAGAGAUAUGCUUUAAAGUUUAUUUUAGAUUAUUUUGUUACAUCUAUUUUAUGCUUUUACUCAAAAGCCAAAAUCUAAUUUCCAUGUUCUUGUGCUAUUAUUUGGGUUUGUAACAGAAAACUGUCUUCAUGGAGCUCAUAGAUGUGGGCAUUUACUAGACAGAGAGGGUCAAUUAUGAGACGCUUAUGAGUUGCAUUGUGGGAAAAGUAGGAUUGAAUGUUUUGAAGUAAAACAUUAGGAUGUCUCUUAUUUUGACCUUUUCUGUUUUUUUUGUCUUUCGGAAGUCCCCCAUCACUAUAGAAGUGCAGAACUAAAUCACUAGACGGUGCCUUUAAGUUAUCAUUUUCUCAGAAGUACUUUCUCAGCACUGGUUUUGAAUUAAACAUGUCAUGAUUUAUGAGGUGAAUGUAUUAUUAACAGGCUAGUUCUGAGUGUGUUUUAAUUGCCACCCAAUAAUAAACCAAACAUGCGGCA